AUGCAGUUCUCGCUUAAGAGCCUCGGAAUGGUUUCCCUCUUCAUCAUGGCCGUCUCCGGUGCCUCCAAGUUCGCAACCACAUGCGAAAACAUCGAAACCUUCGGCACAACCCUUCAAGCCGAUUGUCAAGAAUUCGAGCACGGAACCCUUGCACCCACGAACAUCGAUCUGAACCGGUGCCUCAAGAACAACAAAGGAUCCUUGGCCUGCGGAAAGAAUGGCAACUAUCAAGGAUCUUGUAUCAACUGCAGCCUCCGAGGGGAUACCGAGCUGGAGUGCAUGUGUCGCAACGUGGCGGAGGGUCACCGUUUUGUCCGCACGCAGAUCGACCUGAACAAGUGCAUCAGCAACAACCACGGACAACUUGGAUGCUAA